AUGGAGAGAGUGGACAGCCUCAUAAGUGAUGCCAGAGAGGCUGGCCUCCGGAAGGUGGCCGCCUCAGUCUCCUGCCUAGCCAAGUGGGAAGACCUGUUGUGCUUGGGAAGGGGAGACUGCCUCCAGACCCUAACUCCAGAAGCCAGUGGCGGUGCCAAGAAAGUCAUCGCCCAGAAGGUGAGUGGAUCCGUCAAGUGGUACAAUGUGAAGCAUGGGUAUGGUUUCAUCAACAGGCAUGAUACGAAGGAAGAAGUGUUUGUUCACCACUCAGCCAUUGCCCAGACCAGCCCUCUCAGGUACCAUCGGGGCGUGGACGCUGGGGAGGCUGUCGAGUUCGAUGUGGUGCAGGGCAAGCGGGGCACCGAGGCUGCCAACGUGACUGGGCCGGCUGGCGCCCCGGUGAAGGGCAGCCGCUUCAGCCCUGGCCUCUGCAACCGCCGUAAGAAGCUGCAGCCGCCCCGUGAUGUGGCGGAUGCCAAAGAGGACAUCGACUUUGACGACGGCGGAAAAGGCUACCCCGCAGCCCAGGGCCAGAAGCACCACCAGCCCAGCAGCCCCCAUGCCCAGCAAUGUCAGAGCGUCCCAUCCUUCUGCAGGGUCCCGGCUGCCACCUGCCACCCUGCCACCUUCACUGCGCCCGCUCCAGCUGCAGGGCCUGUGGGCACUCCACCGCGCCGGGGGCAUGGGCCCAGCUACCGGCUGAGCCGCCCUAGGGCCCGAGGCACUGCCCCUGAUCCGAAGACCUCACCCAACCUUGCCCAGGAGCCGGAGGCAGGAAAGGAGAGCAGGAUCGAUGCCGUUGGCCUGCAACAGGGGUUCCGUCCAUGCUACACAUGCCGCUGCCCCAACAAGCUUUGUGAUUGCCAUUGCCCGCAGCAGCUGCCUGGCAAACAAGGCCAGAAACCCGGAGGAGAGGGCGAGCUAGGGAAGGGCCCUGCUGGGAAACCCGCUUGCGUUGCCGAAAAGACCAGCACCUCUGAGGAGGAAGCCGCAGUUGCAAAAGCCUCCUCUGCUGCUCGGGCCCAGUAA